UAUCCAAUCAAAUAGUGGAUCGGUUGCCUGGCGGUGACACAAGCGGGAAGUAAGCGGAAGUAUGGCGGCGCCGGCGGAAGCGAUCUUCUCCGAUCUGCUGCUCCAGACGACAAAUUACGAAGGUCCAGGUUUGUUAGACCUUUCGAAUCAGGGUCUCCACAGACUGGAUCCGCAGUGGUUCAGUCCCGGGGAGCUACACACGCUGAUUCUGGACCAGAACCAGAUCAUCAAGCUGGAGCACCUGGAGCGUAACGAAGCUCUGCAGCAGCUGUCUGUGGCCUGUAAUCGUCUGGUGCGCAUGAUGGGCGUCUCAAAGCUGACUCACUUACGAACCCUGAACCUCCCCAACAACAGCAUCGGCUACAUCGAGGGCCUGAAGGACCUGCUUCGUCUGGAGAGCCUCAAUCUGGCUGGAAACAACAUCAAGGUCACCGAGCAGCUCAACAACUGCGUUUCCCUGCAGCAUCUUGAUCUGUCAGACAAUAAUAUUUCUCACAUAGGAGACCUCACCAAGCUCUCAGUGUUAAAGACUCUUCUUCUGCAUGGAAACAUCAUCACGACGCUGCGCAGCGCUCCUGCUAACCUGCCAGUGACCCUCACUGUGCUGUCGCUCGCAGAGAACGAGAUCAGAGACCUGAGCGAGGUGUCGUAUCUAGCACCGUUACACGGCCUGGAGCAGCUGUGCGUCAUGAGUAAUCCGUGUGUCACAGCUCUGCCCCGCUGCGAUUAUCGCCCGUAUGUCGUCAGCUGGUGUCUCAGUCUCAAGGUGCUGGAUGGAUAUGUGGUUUCACAAAAAGAGGGACUGAAAGGAGAAUGGCUCUACAGUCAAGGUAAAGGGCGAGUGUUUCGGCCGGGGCAGCACACACAGCUGGUCCAGUAUUUGGCAUCCACGUGUCCGCUGACCGCCACAACUGCCUUACAGUCAGCAGAGGAUGCUAAACUCGAGAGAAUCCUCAACAAACAGAGACAGCAUCAGAAACAGCUGCAGCAAACACGUCACUGCUGCUCGAGUCCGUCUCGCCCCACGCAUCUCAACGUUCACAAGAACACAGACGUGGAUGUCAUCGCUCAGGCAGAUGUGGAUCCAGGAGUUCAGGUAAACGCGUGGAUGAGCUCUGUGUCUUCAGCCGUGAUCGCUGCGGUUCGUCUGCCGCCCGCCGCUGAAGACGGGGUGAUUCUGGAGGAUGUGCAGACCGAUGAGGAGAAGCUUCAUGGCAGUCUGCUGUCCUCCGAGUCUGCUUUCUUGCCCUUUAACCCUGCUGUUCAUCCAGCUUCAGCUCCUGACAGCGGGGAGGAGGAGUUUGAUGAUUCUCUGGCUCCUCCCACAUCCAUACAGCUCCGCCCGUCGGAGGAGGAGUCAGUGGGCGGAGCCGUCCUCAGCUCUCUGACGCACGGAUCGGAUCAUGCGGAGCGGACUGACAGAAGCGGUGAUGCUGUGCUACAGAACGGUUCUGUGGAGGACUCAGACUGGACUGGGACGCAGAAAGCUGCUGUGCUGCAGUGUGAACCGAGCGAAGCAGCUGUCAGGAUCCAGUCGUGGUGGAGGGGUCACUGGACGCGGCUCUGCCACCCACAGGCCAAAGAAGUGCGUGCUGAGAUCCGCUUGCGAAGGAUGCAGGAUCACAUCGUCCACCUGACCGCGGAGCUGGAGAGGGUGCGCAAGCAGCAAGAAGAAGAGCGACUGCAGAGACGUGUUCAAGAAGAAGCUGUGAAGUUCCUGUGGAAGCAGCUUCAGGUGUUGCUGGAGUGGCAGUCAUCUGUGAAGGAGCGGCUCAGUGUGGCACAGAGUUCAGCGUCAGAUCCCAGCAUUCCCGCAGACACUCCUGUCCGCUCGGAGAUCUCCAUCCCGGAGUCUGGCUCUCAUUCCCCGGGAGAGCGAGCGGCGGGGGACAGUGUGCUGGAGCAGACGACAGAACAGCAACACCUCCAGAUCCAUCCCAUCUCUCUCCUCAUGGGACAGAAGAGCGCUUGUCCUGACCCGAGUGGAAGCAGAUGUCACGCUGCUGAAAGUGUUUAGGAAUCACAGGACUCUGUCGGACUCGUGUGCCCUGCCUCCGGCUCUUCUUGAAGAUCAGACACUAGCCUGUUUUAAUCACUGGCCUUCAGCAGACUCGUAGCCUUUGUCUCCAUGCUGUCAGCAGUCAGACACGGAGUGAAGAAGCUCGUGUUUAACUGCACAGUGCUGCCUUUGGGCUUUCUAACACUGCUGGAUAUCAGCAGACAGAUUUCUGUUGAAGUACUUUACAUCUUUACACACCCAGGGUGCCAGGCUCUUUCAGUGCACUUAGCAGUAGACUUGUUUCCUUUGGAACGACACGACCAGACGUAGCCUUGAACUGUAGAGGAGCACGUAUGUAUGAAUGUGAAAUUAAUGUGAAUUGAUAGUCUGCUGCAGUUCAAAGCUACUGAGAGCUGUACAUAUUUCUGUGUGUGCAUCUGGAUAUUUACAGUAUGUGCUGCAACUAGUGUUCAGUGUGGCAUAUGCAAGUUUAUUUAUUUUACA